GAAGCAACAGACACUGCGGCAGUUUGAUUCGUUAUUCUGUCAUAUCCAAGAAGCCCAUGCAAGUAUACAAUGUGGAUUACUGCAGUUUCUGAAAGUGACUAAAGACUCCUGGCUCCGUUUUAUUGUGCUUUAUCAAGUUAAUUUAUUAACUGUUUCCCUGUAAGAUAUGUACAGGGUCUAAUGGUCAAUUUGAACUGUGUAUAAUCUAGAUGCAUCAUAACGCCUUGUAGACCAAGCGGGGUUCUGACCUAAUAAUGCGUUCUACAGGAGUUUUGUAUAAAACGUGCGAGACGAGACUUAGUACAGUGAUUACCUCCUCCAUUGGCUCUAUUCCCAAGGCGUGUUGCAGAGACGCGAGAUUAAAGUGACCAACAAACCAUCAUAAGCGUCGAAAGUGGCAUCUGUUGCAGCGAUUGCAUCUCUCGCUGAUUAGGAAUACUGUCUUGGAUGUUAAUCAUCCAAUAUUGGAAUUUAAGGUUCGCGCCAGCUGCAAGAAUCCAUAGUACACCACGUGACUACUGCAACCAAUCGGCGCCUAGCAUGCCCACAAGCGCCUGACAGAAGACGAGCUGCUCAUACAGUGAAGCUGUUAUUCACAUCAAGGAUUUUUCACUGAACUUUGUUUUGUGUUGAGUUUUCGGAUAUAUUUCACUUUAGUUCCAGGAUGCCGUCCGACAUGAUCGAUAUCGAGGAGAAGGUGAAGAUCUGGGGAUGGGAGACCUUCAUGAAGACCCGGUCUAAGGACCACUCCAAGUUGAAAUACGAGGACGUGCAGUUGGAGGUCAACUGGAACAGGGUGAGGUUCGUGUCGUCCACGCCGGAGUUCACCGACAGGGUGUCGCUGGAGAAACCCAACAGUCAGAUCGUCUUCAGAUCCAAGUAUGAAAACUGGACGUCGCAAGAACAAGAACAUUCCUUCAACACCGAGCGCACUACCGUGUCCUGCUGCACCACGGAGGUCUCGAAAGGAUUCACCAAAGGAUUUAGCCUCGAGGUCAAACUGGGUUUGCCGGAAGAGGUCGCUUCUGCCACAGCAGGAUUUGGUCGCGAGGUGAACAUGCAGACAGCUGAGGAGAGCGUGCAGGAGGAGGCCAUGACAUGGUCCAUCAACAGCAGCAUCAAAGUCCCGCCUAAACACAGGACCAUUGCCGAGCUGGUCAUCAAGGAGCAGGAGUUCAACGCGUCCUUCAAGAUGCAGGUCAAGAUCAAAGGUCGUGUUUUGGUCGUUGUGACAAAUCUGAGAGAAAAUAACUGUUUUGUUCAAACAAUUGAAGGAGACUUUGCGGACAUUAUGAAACGAGAAAAUGAAAGGAAAGGCUUCGUGAUAGAGAAAAGAUUAGUAACCUUUGACCUCUCUGGUAACUGUAAGUUUCGAUUUGGGGUUGAGCAGCACGUGCAGCUUCACGAAGAAGAGCUGAAGGAAGAAGAAAGUUGAAUUUUAUAUCUGUGUGAUAAAGAAUGGUGUAUUUAUGUGAGGAAGAACGGCCACCGGAAAAAAAACAAAAACAUUGUUCAACAAAACAGGGAAAAGGAAAAGUUUGAGUUCUGGACAUUUGUGUGUUGAUAAACAUCAAUGUGUUUGAUCGUGGAUUUACACGUCUCCAGGACAACGACAAUCAUGUGAAGGUCAGAGAAAGGUUUUGACUAAUGUUUUUACGUUUCCUUUCGAUUGUGGUGUGCUCGAGCUCCGGAUCACGCAGACCACUUCAAAAAUCUGUUUUGAUUGAAACAUGACCAUUAAUACACGCACAGAUCAGUGUGACGUCAGCACCAAAACAAGUAGCUUCUGUAGCCUUAUAGUCUUACAAUUGGUUUUGGGUGAUGGGUGCUUGAAUAGUUACUCUCAUGAAAUGUCACAAAAGCCUACCUGUGAUUAUUUUAGUUAUAUAUGUCCCCUACGUUAACUCGACAAUACCUCCAUUCUGUUAUGAUAUAUAUAUACCUCGACAGUCCCUACAAUACCGCCAUUUUGAGGCAGAUCUGAAGGAUUCCACCUGCCCCAAAAUGUUACACUUACGUGCCCAUGAACUUCAGGCAACGUGUGUGUCUAGUGUAUGUAUCGUAAAAGAAUAGAGGCACCAUACAAUUUAUAUUCACAGUUGACUUAAAUGCAAAUGUAAAACUUAAAACUGUAAUGGUUUAGUCGACUGAUGUGCAACUGCUGAAUGAAAGUGACUCAUUAAACCAUAUCCUGAGAAUGUGGUCUCUUAACAUUUAGUUAGAGUAGCCGUUUCCGUGAGCAUUCAACAUUCAACAUUUAACAACUGUUCACAUGGCGGACUUCAUUUCAUAGUUGCUAAUGGUAUGUUUUUAUAUAUCUGCAAUAUUAUUAAAGUAAAAUUUGCAUUCCAA